AUGGUUGACUCUAGGCCGGAAAACGUGAGUUAUUCCUCGAUACCCUCUGGUAGGCACAAGGGAAAGACGCACAUCAUCAUUGUGGGUGCAGGGAUUAUUGGAGUGUGCACGGCGUUUUACUUGACUAGACAUUCCAAAUUCGACCCUGAGAAGUACCAUAUUACUAUCCUGGAAAGUAAAAGAGUCGCUGGAGGCGCCAGUGGUAAGGCCGGAGGGCUGCUUGCAUUGUGGGCAUUUCCUCAGCAGAUUGUCCCGUUGUCCUUUCAAUUACAUAGUGAUCUGAGUGAAGAAUUUGGCGGUGAAGAUGAAUGGGGUUACAGAAGAUUGACCACAUUGAGCGUCCAAGGAGAUAUCAGCGGUCAGGGGAUCAAAGGCAAAGAAAAAUCUGCAAACACUCAACAGCGUAAGAGUGCAGUCACGAAGAACUCUAUCCAGGUUAAGUCAGACCUGGAAACGGAGCCUUCAACUCUUCCAGAAUCGCUCAAUUGGAUAGACAAAGAAUUUAUUACGGAGUGGAACCAAUUAGGUAACGAACAGACCACAGCUCAAGUACACCCUUACAAGUUCACUACUUAUAUUCUCAAGGAGUGCUUGAAAUCCGAAGCUGUCGAAUUACUCAUUGGUAAGGUCGACGACAUUCUCUUCGAUGAAGAGACUGGACAUUGCAAUGGUGUGUUUUACUCGCCCUCGUCCACUAAGGCGGUUUAUGAUCAAUCAAUUGGUAAGAAGUACGAAUUAGAAGGUGAUAAGGUUAUCAUGUCGAUUGGACCGUGGACAACAAAAAUCCUUCCAGAUUGCCCCAUUUCUGGCUUAAGAGCUCAUUCUAUCACCAUCAAACCGAAGGAACCCGAAAUUGCGCCAUUUGCAAUUUUCUCAGAACUGAAGACCGGCCCCAGAAAAUUUGCGUCACCAGAAAUGUACGCCCGUAAAGAUGAAAUAUAUGUAUGUGGGGAAGGUGACACUACGGUACCCAUUCCCGAAACCACGGAUGAUGUGGAGAUCGUUUCGGAGAAAUGUGACGAACUCUUAAACUAUGUUUCCUGUAUUAGUUCCAAUAUCAGAAACGGUAAGAUUCUGAAAACCCAAGCAUGCUACUUGCCAGUGGUUGAUAUUCCAUCUUCGUCUGGUCCUCUCAUUGGAGAGACCAACGUUCCCAACUUAUACCUUGCUUCCGGCCAUUCAUGUUGGGGGAUUAAUAACGCCCCUGCUACCGGUCUAUUAAUGAGUGAAUUGAUCUUGGAUGGGGAGGCCCACACGUGUGACAUUAGCGCUUUGGAUCCAUCCCUAUACUUUGAUGCCAGUUUGAUCUAUGACAGCGAGAACGACUCCGAAGAAGUCGAAGAAGAAGAUAUAUCCGGUGACACAGAAGAUGAGGACGAUGACGAGAAUGAAGAAGAUGAUAAUGAUAUUACUGCUGCCUUCCGAGUGCGUCAGUGA